ACUUCAAUUAGUAAAUUGGGAAUAUCAUAAAAAGUUGUGUUCUGUAUCUUUUAACUUAUAUAGUUGUAUAAAAAAGAAAAUUUGUUUUUUUUUUAUUUUGUCGAAUAUUUUUAAUUUGAAAUUCCAAUUUAAUGUUAAUAAAAUUGUUUAGCAUAGAAAGUAUGUGGUAGACCACAUAUGACAUGUAAAAACAUGCAAUAGACUGUAUAUAACAAGAAUACCAAAAUCACAAUGGGUAUGCAAGAUAUACAGAUCAUUUUUGAUGAUCCAACAGCAGUAUUUAAGCCCGGCCAAACCAUUACUGGACGAGUCUUAAUUCAAACUAGUAGUUCUGUGAAAAUCAAAAGUAUAAAAUUGAAAUUCCGAGGAGAAGCUAAUGUUCGUUGGACUGAAACUAGAUCUCGGAAAAACAAAGAUGGUGAAAGUGAAAAUCAUUUAGUUAGUUAUUCUGCAAGAGAAGAAUAUUUUAAAAAUAAGAUUUUUCUGGUAGGUGCAAAAGGUGAAUCCCAAUUGGAAGUCGGUGAAUAUGUUUAUCCAUUUAAUUUUUCUUUACCGCAUCAAUUACCAUCAACAUUCAAUGGUAAAUAUGGGAAAAUAUGUUAUAUAGUAAAAGUUAAAAUUAAUAUACCUUGGAAAAAAAAUAUAGAGAAAGAAAUAAUGUUUGAAAUUAUUUCUCCUAUAAAUUUAAAUGAUGAUCCAUCAUUAGCUGAGCCUAAGAAAAAAUUAAAAGAAAAGUUUUACUGUUGCUGUUGCUGUAAAUCGGGCCCUAUGACAUUGAUAGCAUGCAUCCCUUAUAGUGGUUUUGUACCCGGACAAUCUAUACCAGUUACAGUUGAAUUGGACAACAACAGCAAUAUGGAUGUAGAUACUAUUAAAAUAAAACUGGAUAGAACUUUAAAAUUUAUAGCCCCUAGAAAUGAAAUAAAGUCUGAACUAUUCAAGAUUGUUAACGUAUACAUAGAUGGUGUAGAAAAACACACUUCGAAGACACGUGUAGUACAACUUCAAAUUCCAAAUGGUUUAGUGAUACCCAAUUUAAAGCAUUGUGGAAUUAUGUCUGAUACAUAUAUUUUAAAUGUUGAGGCUUGUGUUAAAGGUACACAUUUAAAUGAAGUAGCUUCUCUUCAAAUAAUAUUAGGUAAUACGCCAUUAACAAUAGCUAACAAUGCUCAUCAAUUUGAUAGUUCUUUUCAACCAUUGAAUCAAUAUUAUUUUCCAAAUGAACCAAUUUCAACAAAUCUUUUUCCAUCUGUGGGUUUUAAUGAUUCAACUUUGAUUCCUGGAUAUGCUCAACUGGAAGUGCCAAAUAACCAACCAUGUACUGUGCCACAAUUAGCUUCUCAGAAUCUAGAAAAUAGUAUGAUUCUUACACAAAACAAUUUACUGAACAUUCAAUUAGCUGGAUUUCCAGAUCCACCACCACCAUAUCAAUUUGCAGUUACAGAAAAUACAUCUGAAAUUCCUACAACUUUUAUUAAGAAAAAUUAGAUGGUGACCUACAACUAAAAACAAUGGUAGUAAUAGUCAAUGGUCCUAGACAAUUUAUAGACUACUAACUUUUAAACAAUGAUCAGAUAAUUUUGGCAUGAUCUUUAGUUGUGUUUAUUAUAUUUAUUUUGUUUUAUUAAUUUGUGAAAAACUUUAUCAUAAGAAUACUGAAUACUAACUACUUUUCAAUGAUAAGU